CAGCUGCUACCAACGUAUAGCAGAUAGUCAGCUAUAUACGACCUGAUCUCGUCGUAUCUCUACUAUUCGCCCUCCCUGAUCUCGUCGUCGUCGUGAGAGCGAGAGAGAUAUUCGAUGAAGUUCCUGGUGGAGUCGGAAGCGGCGACGGCGAAUGCCGGCCCGGCGUACCGGAACGUGCUGGCCAAGGACGCCGGCCUCCUCCAGGCCCCGCCCGGCAUCCACUGCUGCUGGGAUCUAUUCCGCGCUUCGGUGGACAAGUACCCCGAAAAUCCGAUGCUCGGUCGCCGGGCAGUUAUCGACGGCAAGGCAGGUGACUAUGCUUGGAUGACCUACAAGGAAGUCUACGAGCUCGUGAUGAAACUCGCCGCCUCCAUGAGCAAAUCCGGCGUCAAACAGGGUGAACGUGGUGGUAUCUACGGAGCAAAUUGUCCGGAAUGGAUCAUCAGCAUGGAGGCCUGCAAUGCCCUUGGAGUUUGCUGCGUGCCACUCUACGAUUCUCUUGGUGCUAAUGCAGUGGAGUUUAUCACAUGCCAUGCCGAAGUACAGAUUGCGUUUGUGGAAGAGAGGAAGAUUGGAGAGCUCUUGAAAACAUGUCAUGCCACUUCGAAGUAUUUGAAAACGAUCGUCAGCUUCGGUGGAGUCACAAAUGACCAAAAAGAGGAAGCUAAAAACCAUGGGCUCUCCAUUUUCUCAUGGGAGGAAUUCCUGAUCUUGGGUGGAGACCAUCAUGUUGAUCUUCCUGAGAAAACAAAAUCCGACAUCUGUACAAUAAUGUACACGAGUGGAACAACAGGAGACCCUAAAGGUGUUAUGAUAUCAAAUGAAAGUCUUCUUGUUAACCUGGCUGGUGCUGAUUCUGUAAUCCAAUCUAUUGGUGAAUCUUUUGAUCAAGAUGAUGUCUAUAUGUCAUAUCUUCCACUAGCCCAUGUCUUCGAUAGAAUGUUUGAGGAAGUGUUCAUUUCUCAUGGAUCGAAAAUUGGAUUUUGGCGUGGGGAUGUUAAGUUGUUAGUUGACGACAUUGCAGCACUAAGACCAACGGUAUUUUGUGCUGUUCCACGUGUACUCGACAGAAUAUAUUCAGGUCUUACAGCCAAGAUUUCUGCUGGUGGUUUUCUGAAGAAAACGUUAUUCAAUCUUGCAUACAAGCUGAAACUAGACAGCAUGAGGAAAGGAUUUAAACAUGAGAAGGCAUCUCCAUUCUUUGACAAAUUAGUUUUCAGCAAGGUGAAAGAAAGACUGGGUGGCAGGUUACGUGUUAUCAUGUCUGGUGGGGCUCCUCUUGCUGUAGCGGUGGAAGAAUUUUUAAGGGUUGUGACAUGUGCACAUGUUGUUCAAGGCUAUGGACUCACGGAAACUUGUGCGGGAUCUUUUGUUGCAAUACCAAAUGAUUUCUCCAUGCUUGGGACUGUUGGCCCACCAGUUCCACAUGUGGACGUCCGCCUUGAGUCAGUUUCAGAAAUGGGUUAUGAUGCUUUGUCAAGCAUUCCUCGUGGGGAGGUAUGCGUAAAGGGAAGUGUUCUAUUCUCUGGAUACUACAAAAGAGAGGAUCUAACUCAGGAAGUCAUGAUUGAUGGAUGGUUUCACACAGGGGAUGUUGGUGAGUGGCAAUCAAAUGGAUCCUUGAAAAUCAUUGACCGAAAGAAAAAUAUAUUCAAGCUUUCACAGGGAGAAUAUGUUGCAGUGGAAAAUCUAGAGAACGUGUACGGUGUACUUCAAGAGGUUGAUUCGAUAUGGGUAUAUGGGAACAGUUUUGAAUCUUAUCUUGUUGCUAUUAUAAACCCGAACCAACAAGCGCUUGAACAAUGGGCUGAACACAACGGUAUUGCUGGAAGUUUGGCUGAGUUAUGCGAGAACUCGAGAACUAAGGAGCAUUUUCUUGCAGAACUCGCAAAGAUUGCAAAGGAAAGGAAGCUGAAAGGCUUUGAGUUCAUAAGAGCUAUUCAUCUUGACCCGUUACCAUUUGAUAUGGAGCGUAACCUUAUCACCCCGACAUACAAGAAGAAACGACCACAAAUGCUCAAGUACUACCAGGGAGCCAUCGACGCACUCUACAAGAGCACAAAGUAAGAGAGCGACCAUUUCCAGUGUUUGGUAGUUCCAUGGAAUCUCGUUGUACGUGUACAUAAAUCAAUAUAAAACUCGUUGACGAUUGCUUUAGAUAUUUUUUACACGACUUAUUCCCUGUGAAUCUUAUUCGAGACCACGUAUGUAUUCCUGCUUUGGUUAAAUGGCAAACUGUUCCUUGUGCGGCCGUGCUUCUUUUCUUC